ACUAGCCAGUCUGGUCGCGAUUUCUUCUUGGACUCAAACCAUCAUCUUCCCCUAGCAGCAGGGCACGAAAUACAUAUCAAGUGCACGAAUAAAGGCAACUCUUUGAAGCAGGGGUACUACCGCAAGAUCUUGACUAUACAUUGCACGAAUUCGAGGCACCGCGAGACUCGAAAAGAUAUAUUCUGAGUUGAAUUUUUACGCGGAUACCUCGGUUCAGUGUACGAUACCGUAAAGCAGGUUAUUGGAUCACCACGGGAGACAGCAAUAAGAAGAUGCUGAAACCGCGACAAUCUGGGAUCCCCACUCCCGGACGCGCGCGCUCCCUGUCUCGAUCCCAAUCAUACAGCCACCUACCGACGGCGCACGAGGAUGAAGAGCUAUCUCGUGCAUUUGAGGACGUUAUGCGGGGGAGACCACCGAGCAUCACUUCUUACCCCACCACUACUGCGCCGUCACGGGCGAAGACACCGGUCUCGAAGGCACCAGGGAAGCUCACUGCAUCGACGAGCCGACCGCCGAGUAGGACCUCUGGGCGACCGCCGUCCAGCUUGCAUACUUUUGAGGAAGGCGAUAAGGUGCGCAUCGAGAGCCUGGGGUUUGAGGGGACGCUGCGAUAUGUUGGGGAGAUUGAGGGCAAAGCGGGGCUGUGGGCUGGCGUAGAGCUCGCUGGUGGCUUCGCUGGGAAAGGGAAGAAUAAUGGAAGUGUUGGGGGGAAGCAAUACUUCACCUGUCCGCCACAAUGCGGCGUUUUCGUCACGACAACAAAACUCAGUACAGCUACCGCAGGCGUAACGAAGAGACCGCCGUCAGGGCUAGCUGGGCGAGCGACGCCAUCUUCAUCCGGAAGACCGCCGUCUUCGCUGGGAGGACGAACUACACCUUCGAUCUCGAAUGGCAAAAUCACAUCUGGGGCCAAUGGUCGGGUCACACCAUCUAUAUCGAAUGGAAGAGUCACGCCAUCGAUGAGUUAUACAAGAAAACCGGCGGUACCAACGAUUGCACCAGCUCCACGUCUACCUAGGAAGAGCAUCAUUAAUACUGUGACGCCGACACCCGGCACCAGAGCCAGUAAAUAUGCCGGCAUGACCGCUACGCAACUCCGGAGUUCGCCACAGAAGAUCGCUUCGCCCAGUGGUAUUGGCUUAGGUUCUCCCAGUGGAAUUGGAAGGAGCUUAGCGUCCCCUAACAGGUCUAUUUCGGCUGUAGGCGGCACGCCAUCUUUGCCACUUACCACUCCGAAGCCAUCCGGGAAGAGGCGAAUACCCAGUGGUGUGGCGAUGCCCCCUCCACCGUCACCAAUCAGGUCUGGAUCUCCAACGAGGAGUAUUAGCGUUGGGAGCACAGCGUCUCCAUCUCUCAGUAUCGAUUUAGAUGCUCGAAGUCGGGAUAUACAAGCGCGUAUAGCUGAGAUAUCCGGGGGAGGUACUGGGAAGGGCUUGGACUCGCCGUUUUCGGGGUCGUUGAAGACUGAAAUGCUGCCGCCAACUUCAAGUCCGAGUACAUCACGUACUAGUCCUGUCCCUAGACGUUCGAUGGGUCUUGGGCUGACACCGUCAUCUCCGAGUCUGAGAAGGUCGAAAGAUCCUGGUCCUGCUCUUCGUCCGGAAUCGAGUAUUUCGAUGAGAAGUGACGGAAGGGUGGAGGCGCUGAUAGAUGAUAAUGAGCGUCUUCGAGCUGAUGUGGAACGGUUGAAGGUGGAUUUGGCGAAAUUGGAGAGCGAGAAGACGAUGAAGGAUGAGGAGAGGCAGGGGUUGAAGCUGGAGGUUGAGCGAGCGAAAGGACUGAAGGAGGAGGAAGAGAAGAGGCGCGAGGAGCUGGAGAGUAAGCGAGAGGAGCUGGAGACGAGACGCGAGGAACUGGAGAAGCGAGUGUCAGAGCUCGAAGGUCAGAUACGCGAGAAGGACGCUGCUGGUGAUGCCCACGCGAGAGCACUUGCUGAUUUGGAAAGCAAGUAUAAGGAGGGCGAAGCGGAGGGUGGGAAGCUGAAGAAGGCCAUCCUGGCUUUGGAGGAAGAGCGGCAUGACUUGAUGAGUCAAGUGGACGAGCUUAGGGAGGCUGGACAAGAGACGAUUGCGCUGUAUGAAGAGCGACUCCGGGCGACCGAUGUGCAAAAGUACGAGAUGCAAGACCGACUUGCCGAGCUGGAAGCGCGUGUUCCUGCUGCUGCUCCUCCGGCCAUUACCCUCAGCGCUGGGCAAGAGAUCGACAACGAGACGCUGAGGGACCAGGUGCUGCACCUACAGAAGAAGAUUGCGGGUCUGGAGGAUAUGGUCGAGGAUGGGAGAGUUGCUGCUGAGGCGAGCGAGGAUGAAGAGAGAGGACGGAGAGGUGAGGCUGAAGAAGCGCUGAGGGAGAGUAUGGUUACUUUGGAAGAAGCUAGGGCUGAGCUUGAGGGACUGAGAAGCGAGUUUAACCUUAAUGGUCUCGAAGGCAAGGAGGAGCUUGCGCGCAAGAACGCGGAGCUGCAGCAGAUUGCGGAGGAGCAGGUCGCCCAGCUGGGUAAGCUGCAUCAGCGGUUGGACGACCAGGCUGUGGAGCUCGAGGCGUUGAGGAAGAAGGUUAACCGAGAGGUUGUUGUUACGUCGUCGAAGAGUGAGAUGAAGAGUGCGCAGGAGGAGAUAAGGGGUCUGAAGCAUAUUGUGCGGGAGCUCCAGGCUGAGGCGUCCCGGUUGGAGAGCGAGAACAAGAUGCUUAUCGGGGAGAUGGAGGAGUUGCGCCAGGAGGUCAAGAUCCUGGAAGAUAGCAUGGAUAGAGAAGAGGAGGGUGCUUUGAGUGACGAUGCAGAUGUUGAGGAUUUGAGGAAGAAGCUUGCAGAGGCUGAGAAGAAGAAUUUGAGGGUUGCGAGUGAUCUCAAUAAGGAGAUCAGCGAGCUGGAGGCUUUGGUGGAGAGUAAGAUAUAUCGGGAGGACGAACUCGAACAAGAGAUUGAACGCCUUAAAGCCAAGUUGGCGAAGAAAUCGUCUUCGUCCUCAAAACACAGCGACACUUCGUCGAUACGCCGUGUCCCCUCUACGUCGAGUCUUGAUGCCAGUGUCGUUUGCGAAAUCUGUGAACGGCCUGGGCAUGAUAUCUUCAGCUGCGAUUUGUUGAAGGGGGAUGCUCCCGCUCCUAUCAAUGGUACGGGAGGGUCGAUGAAUGGGGGGAACAAGAGCUUGUUCUGCGAGGACUGCGAAAGCUAUGGGCACCUGCCGGUGGAUUGUCCACAUUCUAUGGAUGUUUUCUGAAUUUUUUUCCAUGCCAAUAUUUCAUCUCAUUUUUUUUUUCAUCAUUGAUACCCAUCCACAUUCAUUUUUGGUUCCCAUUUAUCUCAACUCAUGUGUACACAGUAUCACUCUCGUUUGUUUCGCUUUCAUAGGUGCUUUCAUUUUUCAUUCCGGAUAUGUUAUUCUUUCUUUCUGCCCAUUUUCUCUCCUUUCGGUUUCUGUUUCGGAGUUAUAGGUAUCCGUAUACUCAC